UAUUGGUCGGCCUGGAGGACCCCGUUGCACGCCGCGCCAGGCGAAACCAUUAUUACGGCGACGCGACGCUGAAAUUCGCGCUGUGUCAUAGAAGCACUCGCGAAACGUACUUCUACUGAAACGAUCAACGAAGGAACGUUCAUACAAUCAGUUUAUUUCCUUGCACACCAAGUUCGUUAGGAAACACUAGACAGUCAUUGCAUCAGUCUUCGAUCAUCGUGGAAAAAGAAGAGUAUUAAAACUUCUGAAAGCAAAGGAACACUCGCGAGACACGAAAGAACGGACGUCAAAACGGCGAGAGACUCUCGAAUAACCAAAGUCCCGGGGAAGCACAAUCGGGAACAACACCGGUGAAAUCGAUCUGCUCGCGUUGCAUAAGUUUCCCGUCUCGGUCAGUUUCGAUUUACAGAAACAAUUCUACGAUUACACGAGCACGCGAUCGAUUUGAGGAACAUGGGUGUCGCAGAGGCGAGCGUGAGGAAGAUCCGCGGCGACGGUUUGUCCUUAAAAUUAUCGUCCAACGAGCAGAUCCUCGAGAUCGUCGGCGACGGAUGCACCGUCACCGUGGGCAAAAACUACGGAUGCGUGCGCGUGAUCGGCGACGCAUGUCGAUUGAGGAUCGACCUGAACUUGGGAGACGUGGAGUACCGGGGGGAUGGGGGACGAGUGCUGUUGGGCCCGAAAUCGUCGCGAAGCAAGGUUAGGUACGAGGGGGACGACGGGAAAAUAACGUUCGACGGCGACACGAGGACGAAAAACCGAAAGAUCGAACGAUCAUCGAAGAAGACGGACGACGAUGCACGCAAAGAGCAUUCGUGCAACGUCGAGGAGACGGAGAACGCUUUGAACGAGAGGAGAGAGGCGAAACGACUCGGUUUAGGGAACAACCGAAAGAAAACGGUGGUCAAAUCUUACGAUGGAGCCACUUUCGUCAAAGUCAGCGCGACGGAAAAGAAGGUUAAAGUGACCUCUACGCGAUGAAGCUUGAAACGCUUCGUAGCUAUAAAAUAACGUAAAAAUCGAAUUACUUCGAAUCUGAUUCGAAGCCUCUGAAGUCUUGAGAAUCCUGUAUUGAUUCUUAAGAAUUUUUAAGUAUUAAAAUCCUUAACGUACUUAAGUCCUAAACGCUUUAAA